AUGCUCCAAGCCACAAGUGGAAUUUGUUGUUUGAAAGUGUGGAAGAAUUAUCUGUCUCAGACAUGGAUGCACCCACUUCGUGGGUUUGGAUUGACCCUCAAAGACCCGCCAGACUGGACCAAGGCCUCUGGAGCACUUCCCAAGAAGCUUCUUGCUUGGAAGAUUAGCAGUUUCUCCCCAAGCAUCGCUCUCAACUUGCUGAACACCUGGCAACAGUCCCAGAAGGAUGUGUCUCCCUCAGAUCCUAGGACAG